ACGGAUUCUAAAACAAUGGUAUAUCAUAAACUGAAUCGAUCCGUUCGAUGUUUCGUUACACAGAGUGUACUAGGCAUCAUUCUUGGAGGCGGAGCCGGGACUCGGCUUUACCCUCUCACAAAGAAACGAGCAAAACCUGCCGUACCUUUGGGCGCAAAUUACCGUUUGAUUGACAUCCCCGUUAGUAAUUGUUUGAACAGCAACAUUUCCAAAAUCUACGUCCUCACUCAAUUCAAUUCCGCAUCACUCAAUCGCCACUUGUCAAGGGCGUACGCCAGUAAUAUGGGCGGCUACAAGAACGAAGGCUUCGUCGAAGUUCUCGCUGCCCAGCAAAGCCCGGAAAAUCCAAACUGGUUCCAGGGUACAGCUGAUGCGGUGAGGCAGUACCUAUGGCUUUUCGAAGAACACGACGUUCUUGAAUAUCUGAUUCUUGCUGGAGAUCAUUUGUACCGUAUGGAUUACGAAAAAUUCAUCCAAGCUCACAGAGAAACCGACGCUGACAUCACAGUCGCCGCACUGCCCAUGGAUGAAAAACGUGCUACUGCGUUUGGUCUGAUGAAGAUUGACGACGAAGGAAGGAUAAUCGAGUUUGCAGAGAAGCCAAAGGGAGAACAACUCAAGGCAAUGAAGGUAGACACCACGAUUUUAGGUCUUGACGAUGAGAGAGCAAAGGAAAUGCCUUACAUUGCAAGUAUGGGUAUCUACGUUUUCAGUAAGAACGCAAUGUUGAAUUUGCUUCGAGAGCAAUUCCCUGGAGCUAAUGAUUUCGGAAGUGAAGUUAUUCCGGGUGCUACAUCGAUUGGUUUGAGGGUCCAGGCUUAUCUGUAUGAUGGUUACUGGGAAGACAUUGGAACUAUCGAGGCAUUUUACAACGCUAAUUUAGGGAUUACAAAGAAGCCCGUGCCAGAUUUCAGUUUCUAUGACCGGUCUUCACCGAUCUAUACACAGCCGCGGUAUUUGCCACCUUCCAAAAUGCUCGAUGCCGAUAUUACUGAGAGUGUAAUCGGUGAGGGUUGUGUCAUUAAGAACUGUAAGAUUCACCAUUCUGUAAUCGGUCUACGAUCAUGCAUAUCGGAGGGUGCAAUUAUUGAAGACACCUUGUUGAUGGGAGCCGACUAUUAUGAGACCGAUGCAGAUAGGAAACUCCUAGCAGCAAAAGGUGGAGUCCCGAUUGGUAUUGGCAAGAAUUCUCACAUCAGACGGGCCAUAAUCGACAAAAAUGCCCGUAUUGGAGACGAUGUCAAGAUUAUUAACAGUGACAAUGUGCAAGAGGCGGCAAGAGAAACCGACGGGUACUUCAUCAAGAGUGGCAUCGUCACUGUAAUCAAGGACGCCUUGAUUCCUAGUGGAACUGUUAUUUGAAGACGACGAGGAACGUGAGCGAGUAAUCGUCUUCCAAUAAAAAUGAAGCUAGAAUAUGAUAUGAACAACAAAUAUACAUACAUAUCAUGGUUUUCUUUUUUUCAUUUUAACAUGAGCUGUCUACAAAUGUAAAUGUUUUCUCUCGUAUGCGUUUUUCUUCGUUGUCCAC